AUGCAGCCGCAGUACAACGACAGACAGCAGCUAGAGACACAGAUACAGAUGCAACAGAUGCAGCAGAUGCAGAUGCAACAGAUGCAGAUGCAACAGAUGCAACUACAGUUUCAGCAGCAGGCGCAGCAGGCGCAGAUGCAAGGGCCUGUGCAGCAACCGCUGCAAACACAGCUUCCGCCACCACCACAAGAGCAGCAAGCACAGGUGCAGGCACAGGCACAAGUGCCGGUGCAGCUAGCAGGCCAACAGUCCCCGCAGCAGCAACAGCAUCUUACGAAACGAGCCCGCCGGAGGCUCCAGAUCCAGUCGAAGCUGGCCAAGAUGGACCAGCAGUUUGUGGCGGACAAGGACGUGCACUACCGGGACUCGUUGAUACAGCUACAGUACAAGCUCAGCUCGUUGCAUUCGGGCGAGAACGCCGAGAACAUGCAGAAGGUUCGAGAUCUCGAGGAGUGGCGGGACGCGGAGUUGUUGCGACUCCGGUUGGCGGAGGAGUACCAGGUGCGGUUCAUUAACGAGUCGUUCAAGCAUGAGUACGAGCAGACGGUGGAAAACACAAAGUCGAUUGUGGAGAUGGUGAAGACGAAGCUCCAGGAGGGUCUCAUCAGCAAGAUCAAGCAGUUGAAGGAGGACAAGGCGUUGAUCGACAUCGUCACGUCGUCCAAGUCUGUCGGGGUGCACACGUCGUCGAGGUCGCGGUCGAGCCUGAACCACGACGCCAACGGCGGAUACAGCACCGACGGCACGGGCGCCACCGCCACCGCCACCGCCAACGGCAACACGUCCGGCUUCGACACAAACUCAAGCUUCUUCUUCUCCGGCGAGCGCAGGUCCCGGCGAAAGCGGCACCACGAGAGCAGCGUGCUCCACGACUCCAACCUCACCAACUCCAACGACGAUUCCUAUGACUCGAGCACCGCCGCCGGCUCGAGCACCCGCAAGAAGAACAAGGGCAACGGCAACGCCUCCUCGGCCACCGAGGACUCCAACAAGAUCCUCACCGAGAACCCCGUCUUGAACGAGUUUCUCUAUGGCAGCAAGAGCGUCGCCCGCAAGGACAAGGUCAACAUGAAACACCCAAGCAAGGGCACCCAGCACUGCCCGCCCUUGAAGCCCGAGGAAAUCAACGAGGACUUGUCGUUUCUUCGCAACUUCCGAAAGGGCAGGACCACCUAG